AUGUCAGACGCCAUCAGAGGUAUGGUCCUGCUCCGACAGGCUGGCAUAUCAGUGAGCAUCUCCGAACAGGGGUGGGGCAUCCCCAUCCCCAAGUCGGUCGGCACCGACUACCGGUACGAGGUGGUGGCGGGAUUUAACGAUGACUCGUCGCGGCUGGGGCUGAAGCCGAUAUCGAUCGAGCAGCCGGCGGGGCCAAGCUUCGAGGUGGAGGAGGGGGGGCACAUGGUGCGGUGGGCCGAGUGGGAGUUCCACCUCAAGGCGAACGCGCGGGCCGGGGUGGUGGUGUCACGAGUUCGGGCGAGGGACCCGGACACCGGAGAGUGGCGGGGCGUCAUGCACAAGGGCUUCGUGUCGGAGCUCUUCGUGCCAUACAUGGACCCGACUGACGCUUGGUACUUCAAGACCUACAUGGACGCCGGCGAGUACGGGUUCGGCCUGCAGGCGAUGCCGCUCGUGCCGCUCAACGACUGCCCCCGGAACGCGCACUACAUGGAUGGCGUGUUCGCUGCCGCCGACGGCCGGCCCUACGUCAGGGAGAACAUGGUAUGCAUCUUCGAGCGGUAUGCGGGCGACAUCGCGUGGCACCACUCCGAGAGUCCGAUCACUGGCAUGGAUAUACGGGAGGCGAGGCCGAAGGUGACGCUCAUGGCGAGGAUGGCAACGUCAGUGGCGAACUACGACUACAUCAUCGACUGGGAGUUCCAAACAGAUGGGCUGAUCCGUGUCAAGGUUUGCGUUCAUGCACUCAGAUCUUUUUGCUCAUUUGUUCCUUUCUUCCCUCUGUUCUUCUUCUUUACGUUAGCAAGUGGCAACGUAAUUCGUCUGACAUAGGACAUAGGACAUGUUGAUGGCAGGAGCCAACGACAUAAGUUGACUGCAUCCAACGCUUCUAGCCCGCAAUUGUUGGAUUUCACUAAUGCAAAAAAUCUUAGGCUUCCUGUCCUCGUCAUCUGACUGCAUCCAUCCCUUGCCAGGAAGAUUACCCGAUCAUGCCGACCGUGUCCGCCAGCUUCGACCUCAAGCCGGUGAACUUCUUCGAGAGCAAUCCGAUCCUGAGCGCGCCGCCAAACUUCGAGAAGGACCUCCCCGUGUGCGUGGCCGCAGCAGCAUCCGCCUGAGGGCGCUCGUGCUUCCGGGGUGGGCGGUGGAGUGUUACGUGUAUAGGGCGCUCUGUAUUGUGUGCUUGAUGGAAUGGAACAGCGGGUGUUGGGAUAUCCAUGUCCACAAAACCUUCUCAUGGCCUGUACUAUUAAGCUGCUCUUCUGUCGCAUGGCAUGUUCCUCCUU